CCCUUAAGUCGAGGGCAGGCAGCCUGGGUCGUGGACCUCUGGGAGAGGAUGGUGACCCCCUGGCGCUUGUUUGUCAGGGUCUGCUUGUCACACCUAAGGGGUUUUGAGCUUAGAAAGGAACUCGGCCUUCUAAGACCCUCUGGGUACUCUCGCAGUGCCAGACUCUGUUGGCUUGUGCUUGGCACUUUGCCCAAACUCAUCUCAGCCUAUGGGGACAUUGGUGAGGGGGCUCCUGAGAGCUUGUUUCAGCAAAGGGCGAGUUGGAGUGAACUGGCUGAAAAUGGGCCACUAGAGAGGGCCUCCCAGGAGUGGCGGCUGGGAGGCCUCCUCCUGCACCUCCGCAUCUGGCUCCGGGCUGGGGCUCUCCUGGUGAAAUUCUUCCCCCUCCUUCUGCUCUACCCUCUCACCUAUCUGGCUCCCAGUGUCUCCAGCCUCUGGCUUCACCUGCUUCUGAAAGCCACUGAGACCUCAGGCCCAACGUACAUCAAACUGGGCCAGUGGGCUAGCACCCGGAGAGAUCUCUUCUCAGAGGCUUUCUGUGCCCAGUUCUCCAAGCUGCAUGUCCGGGUGAACCCCCACCCUUGGACUCACACUGAACACUUCUUGCGGCAGGCAUUUGGGGAGGACUGGGGGAGGGUCCUUUGCUUUGAGAAGCAGGAACCUGUGGGUUCAGGCUGUGUGGCCCAAGUAUACAAAGCACGUGCCAAUCCUGCCUUUCUGGAGAAUAACAGCAUCCAGAGACUUGCCAAGGCCUCCAGCCUGCAGCCUUCUUCAGAAGCUGGGGAAGUCAGUGGGCUGAGAGAGCUCUUUGGACACCUGGGGAAGGGGUGGAGGCCUCAAGGAAGUCUUGCUGACCAGUCAUUUCUUGAAAGGCUGCUCCUCCCUAAAGCCGACCCGUUUGAAUCGAAGGCAGUUGUGUCUCAGGCUUUGAUGCCUGCCCGUGGACCUGAGCCAGAUCACCUCAUCCCUGUGGCAGUGAAAGUGCUGCACCCUGGCUUGCUCUCUCAGGUGCAGAUGGACCUGCUGCUGAUGAAGAUGGGCAGCCGAGUCCUUGCACUUUUGCCAGGAAUCAAGUGGCUUAGCUUGCCUGAGAUUGUGGAGGAAUUUGAGAAGCUCAUGGUCCAACAGAUCGACCUGCGUUAUGAAGCUCGGAAUCUAGAACACUUCCAGUGCAACUUCCUGAAUGUGAAUUCUGUCAAAUUCCCUACCCCUCUGCGUCCCUUUGUCACCAGGGAUGUCUUGGUGGAAACAUAUGAAGAGAGCGUGCCGGUGUCCAGUUACCAGCAGGCAGGGAUUCCCGGUGACUUGAAAAGGAAGAUCGCACGCCUGGGGAUCAACAUGCUCCUGAAGAUGAUAUUUGUGGACAACUUCGUCCAUGCGGACCUUCACCCUGGGAACAUCCUGGUCCAGGGCGCCGACAGUCUUUCCAAGAGCCAAGAGGCAGGGCUGCAGCAGGCGGACGUCUGCGACACGCUGGUGGUGGCCGUGACGCCUGCCCGGUGCCCGCUGCGUCUGGUGCUGCUGGAUGCCGGCAUCGUGGCCGAGCUGCAGGCCGCCGACCUGAGGAACUUCCGGGCAGUUUUCAUGGCCGUGGCGUUGGGGCAGGGCCAAAGAGUGGCCGAGCUCAUCCUGCAUCACGCCCGGGCCAGCGAGUGCAGGGACGUGGAGGGCUUCAAGGCCGAGAUGGCCACGCUGGUGACCCAGGCCAGGAAGAACACCAUCACCCUGGAAAAGCUUCAAGUUUCCAGCCUUCUCUCGAAUGUCUUUAAGUUACUGAUGACUCACAAGGUAAAGCUUGAGAGCAACUUUGCUUCAAUUGUGUUUGCCAUCAUGGUGUUGGAGGGGCUUGGCCGCUCACUGGACCCCAAACUGGACAUCCUGGAGGCAGCAAAGCCCUUCCUUCUGAAAGGACCAGCGCCCUCCCCCUGACCGCAGCAGCGUGCGCUCAGCGGGCCUUUGCCUGAGAACUGGAGGCCACUCCCAACAGCCUCUCCUGUGGCAGCUUGAACAUUUUAAAAUUGGGAUGCGUGGAGGGCGUACCAUUGCUUUUCACUCUGCUUUGGUUUCAGGCGUCUGUUUUAAAAGCUUUGGGUUAUUUGAGGAAGUGAAGGGAGGGAAGGGUCCUAUCCAUUCAGUCAUGGAGCUGCUCCUGGUGUCAGGGAGACUCUGUUUCGGGGAAAAUGUUCCGUGGAGGAGGACGAAUAAACUUAGUUAUUUUGUUUU